AUGUCUUUGGCAAAUUACUCCAACAUGAACUCUGUCUCCAUUGCAAAUAGCUUAAGAUCUGGUUCACGGGCACCCAUACUUAUUCCUGAAGAGUAUAAUUUGUGGGUUGGCCGUAUGAAUCUUCAUCUUAACGCUAUAAAUGAAGAUAUCUGGAAGUGUGUAGAAGGAACAUAUGUUACUCCAGAAAAUAUGGCUACUCUUGCUACGAAUCAAGCCACUCAAACCGAUAUCAUAAGAAAGUUGGAGCUCCAAGCCAAAAAGGAACUUGUGUCUGGAAUACCUCACAAUAUUCUAAGUCAAAUGGAUGACAUUAUGAUGUUAACCGCAAGUCAAAUUUGGGAAAAUUUGAAAAAUCGUUUUUGUGGAAAUAAAAGAAUUAUCGAAAACAAAAGAACAUCUGUUUUGAAUGAAUUCGAUAAUUUCAAAAUGCUUUCAUCAGAAACUAUCCAUGAUGCUCAUGAUAGGUUCAAUUUGAUUAUGGGAAAUCCAGCUAUUCAUACCGAAUCUUUGUACAAUUUGUAUGGAGAACUUCAAUCGUAUGAAUCCUCGAUUUACCCACCAACCGUUGCAGCUUUUGGAGGACCACUUGCUCUUGUGUCCACAACUUCUCAAAACCAAACACCUUACAAUGAUCAAAACUUUAAUCAUUUUAAUCAGACUACAUCUUUUCAAAACCAAUCCGUCCAGUCUGAUUCAAAUGAUGAAGAAGAUUAUCAACAACAGUGUGCUUUGGUUGCAAACACAAAUCUCCAGAGAUUUAUCCCAAAUCAUGCACCUGAAAGACUUCCGAUUAAGAGUCAAAAGGAUGACAGUGAUGAAGACGUCAUCAUUUGUCACAACUGCAAAGGAACAAAUCGCUAUGCCAGAGAAUGUCGAGCCAAAAACAAAACCAAAAUCAAAGACUCAGCAUACUAUGCUCAAAGAGCCGAUGAAUUGAAGAAACUGGAAAACCAAGAAAAGCAAAAAGCAUUGAUGGAAAUCCAUGAACCAAGCGUAGAAUACUGGCCAACAUCUGAUGACGAAGCUGAUAAUGAACAAGCACAAUCAAACUUUUGCUCCGUAGCUGGUGUUGAAAUACCUUCAAGAGCUCCAAACGUCAUAGAACAGGUAUGGUCUAUGAUCUCUAAACUUGGUUUUUCCAAAACAAUUUUUGAGUCCCACAUAACCAAAAUUGAGACUAGUCUGGAAACUGAUCUCAAAACAUAUCAUGACACAAUGGUCAAUUAUGAUAUUUGCAAAUCUGAGUUACAAACCUUGCAACUCAAAUUUGGAGAAUCAACAAGAACUAAAAGCAAAUUGGAAAGAGACGUUGAAAGAAAAUCAGAAGAUUAUAAUCACGUCUUGGAACAAUUGAAUCAGUCCCUAAUUUAG